AAUAAUUGAACACAUUGGGCCGCCAUUUUGAGAAGACGAUAAAGGAAAUGGAAUGACGAUUUAGGAAAUUUCACCAGAAAAUCUUUGUAAAAUGUUGUGAAAUUAAUUUGUUAAGGUAAACCAAAUAUGGAGCGUCUAAAUAAGGUAUUGACUGUUUGCUUUUGGGCGCUGUUAGCCCUAACAUUGGUCGGUGCAGGUCCAUUUUCGUGGAUGGAGAAAGAUGCUUUUGAUGUUAUCAUGGACAAAAUGACUUCCGUAACACCAGAAAACUGUCGUUCAAAGCCACGGUCUGAACUAGAAUUGCCCAAAGAUGCAGUGUCCCAUGUGCCAAUUUACACAAAACUGUUUAAUACAAAGUUUUUCAGCAAUAGAUCAAUGCUGAUGCAUAUGCACAAUAUGGCUCUCAAUCGAGCUUUCUUCUAUAGCUUUAUUUAUCAGCGCAUGAAUACAUCGGGGGAUUUUCAGCAUCAACCAGGUCUCAUGUACUUGUACAUGUCAGCUGCUGCUGAUGUUUCAGCCAGUCAGGGUUUUAUUAACGCAUCCUCGCUGCUCUUCGAUAAUAAUUGUACAUACCCCAACUGGUAUACAACUGUAGAUUUUAAUAGUACUCUGCCCCUUUUUGGGCCUAGAGCCUGGCGUGCGGACGAUUACAAUGAACCAACCAACUGGCUUAGAGAACCAACAAACCGUACUAUUGAGGUCCAAGACUAUGCUGCUGGAAGAGUCACAAAUUACACGGCAGAGACUUACAAAUAUGCCCCAUAUACUCGAUAUGAAUAUGACCCCAGUGACCCCUUACAACAGAAACCAUUGUUUUGGUGGCCUGAUGACAAGGGCUACAAAGACUCAUUGCGAAAGUUCACAUAUUCUGUUGGAAUCAAAUUCUCCAACACAACGGGAAAAUUCAUCCGUGAUGAUUACACAGGUAUCCCUUUCUUCGGACCACCUCAGCCAGGACAACAAGAUCAAGACAUAACUAUUCCCGUGCUUUUCACCAAGCCAUACUACGACUGUGGGCGAUCAAACCGCUGGAUCACGACGAUGUCGGCGCCCGUCGUUGACUACAUGCUGCGAUACUCUCCAUGGGUCCAUCUCCGAAGGCCAAGAUUUGUGGCAGUGGUUGGGAUGGAUGGGGAGUUUGAACGUAUCGACAUAAACCAGUGCCCAAUCAGCGAGGGAAACGCCAAGGAUGAGAACAUGUUUGCCGGCACUCAUAGGUGUCGUCCUACAACGAUGUGUGAGCCAAUAAGCGGGUAUGGUUUUCGGCGUGGCGGGUACCAGUGUGUCUGUCUGCCUGGGUACUACUACCCAUGGUGGCACUAUGGGCCGUUCCAGGGUUGGGAAAUCGAACAGGCAACUUGGGAAGAGUACCAGAGUGGGUUUGACUGUCUUAAAGUGGAAAAUAUGCUGGUGGUACCGAUCCAGUCUCCAGAGUUUGUUACACGUCGGAAACGUUCUACCGAUCUCCUCGUCAACAAGAAAAAUGAGUUCAUGGCCAUCGUCAGUGCACCAGUUGAGAUGUCAGCGAAUCCCAAACUCCGUCUUGUCGCCAAGCGCAAGAGAAGGGAUGCGAGCUCGGAAGAUAUCGACAUGACCCUUCAGAUUCGUCAGAAAUUUAUAAAAAGAUAUGCGGAGGAAACGCCACACAUUCGUAAAAAGCGAGAAUCAUUUGAAGUCGGGUCGUGGAACCGUAUGAUGGACAUCAGAAAAAGGUUUUAUGAAAUUACAGCUGAUACUUGUGGAAGUUAUGAACCGACCGAUCGAUUCUUGCCUGGUGAUGCUGGUUACGGUGUACAGACACAAUUUGAGCCACAAGGAAGGACAGCCCUCCGAUUGGCUCAUUUUCUAAGCAAUUUCCUACAAAACGUUGAUGAAUAUGAACAGUUUGGUAAUCUGAAAGGAGACCGACGUUUGAACGAGACACACAUCUUUGGAGAAGUUCUGGCCAUGGUGAUGGGUGACUUUAAAGUACUAAGUGCUGGUGCUUUUUUUGACCAGUACAAAUUCCGUGUGGCUCCGCCUGUUAACACCACCGAUCCUAGGUAUUCAAAUACCCUCACGAGAGAGUUUUUCGGUCCGUACUCGUUCCGACAACAAAACAAGGCAGACGGUCUUGAUUCGUACAGAGCUAUCGACACAGCUGGCCUUCAAAACAGAUAUGUUGAUGAGCUAUGGUUUAAACGCAUGAAACAUCGCUGGUUGACAAAUUUCCAUGUUCUGAAGAAAUUCAUUGAUAAACCAAUGAUCAGAUCCUCACCAAACUCGACAAGUUCGAUAAGAUUUGAGCAUUACCCAAUCACGUACAGGGCUCCAAGUUAUGAAGAUGGGGAGUGGUUAAGACCCGAGUUCAAAUGUGACGGGAUGGUCGAUGACUGGGUGUCUACAUAUGUCGUACCAUUCUUUGGCCUGAACAGCGUCAAGACGCAGAUUGAAUUUAAAGGAGUUAUCUCGGUUGAUGUAAAGCUGAAAGAACUUGACCUUAACCAAUGUCCGGCAGACUUCUACGUGCCAAAUGCCUUCAAGAAUACAGCCAAAUGUGACUUCAAGUCUCAAUAUUGUGUGCCUCUCCCAGGGAAGGGCUUCGAGCAGGGCGCGUACAAGUGCGAGUGUCGACAGGACUAUGAGUACCCGUUCCAGGAUCUCUCCUGGUUCUUCCACGGUCAGACGAUGGAGGAGGAAUGGAGCAAACUAGUAGAUGGCAAGCCUAAUAGGUACGAUACACUGAAGUGCCGAGUUGCUGGGGCAUCUGGUCUAACCUUCAGCUGGACAUUGAUGCUGAUUACCAUGGCAACCAUGCUGUUUGGAAAACAUCAGUUUUCAUAGAGAUUUUAUCACUUAAAUCAUCAUCAUCCUCUAUUAUUAGCUCAAAUGUUUAUUACUCAUGAUGUGUGUUUUAACAAGUGGCAAAGCAUCAUAUAAUAAAAAAUGAUAUAUUUUUUAGUUUAAGCUUUCGCCUUUAUUUUGGUUUAUAAAUUUUAUCAUAAAUAUUAGAUUAUAUUUGAAAGACAUUUUGGUGACGUUUUUAGAAGUGCUAUUAUAAAACUGGUAUAUUCAAUAAUUAGACACAAAUACAUUCCACUAUCCAGGGGUCAAAUAAAAUUGAUUUCAGCAAAUCACUUUGAGCAAUUAUAACCGUGGAAUAGUAUCAUAAAAAUCAAGAUUAUAAGUGCAUUGUAUUCAUUUGUAUAUAAACUCGGACAAUUGAAUGUACUCUGGACAUUUUAUCAUUAUACAGUGUUAUUUUCUGAUUCUCAUAACUGUUGUAUUCUGAGCUUUACAUUUAAAACAGACCAUGCCCAAAUAUCACAAAAGUACUUGAGUCAAAAAUCUCAAUCUCAACUGAUUUAGUAUAUACAACAUCAAUAUUUAUUUAAUUAUAGAAGUUUUUACCCUUUUCGAAGCCUAUUUUCUAAUAGAAUGUGUUGAUAAAAACCUUUUGUCAAUAUUCCAAAGAAACUUUAUUCUUGAGAAAAACUACAUACUUGAGUAUUUGCUCAAGAACAAUGAUUUGUACACAAUUACUUUUCUAAUUAUAGAAUCAUUUUUCUUUUGGAACCUUGACCUAUGUUUUGAGUCCACAUAAUCAAUACAAGGAUACAUUUCUUAAGAGAGUAAAAACAUGAUUGAUAUUGAAAAACCUAUGAUGUGAUGUGGUAAAGAGAGUUGAGUCUGAGAUUUGAUUUAAGUAUGUUAGGAAUAUUAGGGCCAUAAUUAUUUCUUCCAUAUUUCAUUUCUUUCACUGUGAUCUACAUUGGUUUUCUUCAAUGUUAUGGUUUUAAUGGACAAUUAUUAUGCACAUUAUGUAAAUAAUUCAUUAUUAUGGAGCCAUCUGAAGUUUCUGAGGAGGGUAUCUUAUUUUCCAAUUCAUUUGUUCUUGUUUGUAAUGAGACAGGGCUGUGUCUUGGGGCCGAUUUCAUCCCAGUUGUUGUUUUUUAAGUUUGUCAACUUGCAAAAUUCCUCUUUUUAGCAAAACUUAUGCUAAAUUUCCUCUCUUUUGGGGCCCUGUUCCUCAAAUAUAGGAUGACAGCCCUAUGAGAUAUAUUCAGAAACAAACACGACUUGAAAUAUUUGAAUUUACCAGUUAAAAUCUUUAUUUAAAAUUCUGCCAAAUUCUCAAUGAAAUGAAUUUUAUGAUGUUACGAUAUUUUGUAAUACCCUCCUUGAUAAGAUUGAUGGCACCCGUGUGUAUAUUGUAUUUUAAUCAUAUUGGUAUUUUGUAUUUUAAUCAUAUUCCUAUUCUGAUUAUAUAUGUUAUGUUUUCUUUAUCUAAGCAUUGGCAAUAAUGCUUUUAUUUAAAAUUGUAAAUAUCAAUUCGCAAGUUGUUUCAUUUUUAAUGCAUAAAUGUUUUCUUAACAUUCUGUAAAUAUAAUAGAAAUAGUGUCAAACACGAAAUUUAUCAUUGUCCAGGUUGUAGAUUUUAUGUUACCUAUUAAAGUUUUACCUGAUUAAAGAAUCGUUCCAGUUGUAUUAUAUUUUAAAGAAUCAGAGAAAAAUAACUACCUGCCCUUUCUCUCAAAUUUCUUAUUAUUUGUUCACAAUAUUUUUGGAUUAUUUUUACAAGAUGAUAAAAUUCUUUAAAAUAAGUUUGUUCAAUUUAUUUUCAUGAACAUAUGCCAACACGUUUAAUACCUUAAAAAUGGUAAAGAAUUUAAUAGAUUUAACCUGUUUAAGAUAAAUUUGACCUGUUUAAAUAUCAUUUAUCCACAAAGGCAAUGUGAAAAUAUCUGAGAAUUGUGAGUUUCUAACAGUUUAUUUUACAUCUUAUCUAUAAUCUUCAACUAUAUAAUGAAAUCAUUUUUUUAUAUUCAUAUAUAUAUAUAAUAUUGAUUUUCUACUUUUUGCGGAAAGUAACAAGUGUGAUAUUUGUAAAAAGAUUGUAUAUAAUAUUAAUUUUAGACACUGCAUACAAUGUACAUUCCAUAUUUUUGUACUAAAUCUUUUAAAUAAAGUUUAUACACUCAAA